AUGGCUGUCCGAAGUGCAAGGGCUCGGACUCGGAUAGGAUUGUGCGCGUCGGGCCCUUCGGCCGUAAUAUUUUGUUACGUUCUACCGCUCUUACGCCAGAAAGAAAAGGUUCCACACGAGCUCCCGUUCUGCGGCGUGGUGGCAGGACCGCUAGGGGGAGUGGCGGAGGACAUUCCAUUGAUUCUCCGGGCGCUCGUCGAUCCAAAUGAAUCAUUCUUCUGGUCUCUCUUCACUCUCCGCCCCGAAACUGACCCACGGCACAGCGCCCAUUCGCUUCGCGCGCGGGAAGGCAACGAAGUGAAGUUCAUCAGACCGCAGCGGAGUGGAGCAGCCGCGACACGACCUUACCUUAGCUGGAUCUCGCUGGUGCCACCUAAACGGUAG